AAUUUUUCAUAAUUUGAUGUAAAAUUUAAUGAAACCGUAUGUUAAUUUUCCUUUCAAAGCUGGUCAAUUUCACGGUUGGUUGAUUGAUUGGUUGGUUGGUUGAUUGAUUGGUUUGUCUGUAAAUAAACAUCAGUUUAUCUCCGGCAAGCAAAGGAGAAUAAGAUGAAAAGAUUGAUAAUUGUUUGUUUGCUGGUUUCUGCUCUGAGCACAGUAGAGGGCAACAACAAUCAAACAUUGAUUAGAACUCCGAAACAAGGCCUUUUUAGUAUUGUAAACUUUCCCAAUCUGCCCUGCAGGGGGUCGAAAAAUAAUCUGAAUGGAACCUGUAUCUCUAGCAGUGAAUGCAGUGGAUCCGGGGGUUCUAUCCAGGGAACAUGUGCUCAGGGAUUCGGAGCUUGCUGUUUUUAUUCUAUGAAUACAUGUGGAGGAACUGUGACACACAAUCAGACUUAUCUUCAGAACCCAGGAUAUCCAUCUUCAUACUCGAUUAGUGCGGCUACAACCUGUACCUACAAAUUCUACCGCACUUCCAGCGAUGUAUGCCAGAUUCGGCUGGAUUUUGAUGCAUUUGAUCUUGGGCCCCCCAUAGAUGGUAACCAAAAAAGAUGCUCAGGAAAUACUGAUCUGGUAACUUUCACCCCUGCAGGUGCUAAAACUGAUGGGUUUGCACUCUGUGGAUACAAUCCAGGAUCUCACAUUUAUAUUGAUAUGGGCUCUCCUGCUGCCAACCCGAAUUUUGCUACGAUGACCAUGGCUUUCAAUGCCGCGACAUAUUCAGCUUAUAAAAGAUACUGGAACAUUAUGGUUAGUGAGAUAGACUGCAAUACAAUUUACAGUGCUCCGGUGGGCUGCGGACAAUACUAUUUUGGAAAUGGUGGAUCCGGAGUUAUACAAUCAUUCAAUUAUGAUAAUCCAGUCUCGGACUGGCAGUCCAAGCUCACAGGCUUUCAUACAAUUUGCAUACGUCGAGAGAAGGAUAUGUGUACGAUAGGUUAUGCACCUCCUGACGUUGAUAAAGAAGAAUAUGGGUUUGCUUUAAGCGGGUCCCCGACAGCUCCUUCCCAAAAUACUUUGGGAAGAAACGGUUGUGGAUAUGACGGGGCAGACAAUACUAACAAUAAUUAUUGCCACACUCGAUAUGUUUAUAUUCCACAGGGAACUGUGAAUCUGGGAAAUGCUCCUUAUGUAAAUUCUGCCACCGCUAGUGUUACUACAGGAUGUGACAGGUUUUGUCAUAAACGUCUCUGCAAUAGUCCGACAUUCUGUAAAGAUGCCGACCAUGAUGUUAUUUACAGUAAAGUUCGUCCCUUUAAUAUCAGGGUUGAGUUUCUCUUUCGAGCACUUCUAAAUCGAGGAUAUAAGCUCAACUACUUCCAGCUCCCUUGCAGCUAACAGAUGGAGUCCGUCUAAGAAAGUCAUGGGAAAAAAGUUGUUGGAAAAAAGUCUUUGAAAUAAAAACACCAGAAAUAAGAUUCAAAAUUUACUCAAGUCUUUUGAAAAAUAAUCAUGGUAGAAUCACACUAAUUUUUAACAAAUAUUUUUUCCGCAUACAAAACUAGGAAUUGGAAAUUAAAUCUUCGGAAUAAUUUGAAGUAAACAUUUUCUUGACCUUUUCCACAGGACUAUUUUAUUAUUAGAAAUGAUGACUUUUAUCCAAGUACCUCUUUGAUUGUGACUUUAUUGGCUGUUAUGAUAUCGUAUUCCCCGAGAAUUGUAGAAUAUUUAUAUAAUAUUCAGUUGAUUUUAUGCAUAUUUUGAAAUAUAUAUG